AUUAUAGUAAUAAUUAUUGUAAUAAUAAUUAUCAUAAUAGUUAUUAUUAUAAUAAUUAUUAUUAUUAUUUAAAUAGACCGCGCAAUUGAUUCGAAAUUCGCGCAUGUGCAGUAGGAUUUAUUUGACGAUGUACAGUUGGGUGGGUGUAAUUAUAUUAAAAAAAUUAAUUACAAAGAAAAUAAAAUCAAACAAACGUUUUUUUUUAUCGAACAAACAAUAUCUAGUUGAGAUUGAUAAAAAAAAUGUAUGUCAGUACUACAUUAUCAAGAGCCAGGUUCAAGUCAAAUUUUUAAAUAUUAUUUAUAAAAAAACAAUAAUCGAACAAAAAUUAAUUUUGAUCAAACAAUCAAGAACAAAUGACGAACAAACGAAUUAGCAAAAAAAAGUUGAAAAAAUUAAUUUGUCCCUGCUAAUUUAAGAGAGCCCCUUCAGCUCUAGUCUUGUUACUCUCGGAGCAAAUAGUGUAUCGUCUCCAUACUGUUUUACAGUUUUGCUCUAUUAUACUAUUGAUUUGAUUGUUUAAUAAAAACUUUAUAUUCUAAAUUGUUUACUGGCACUGGUAGUAAAAGUUAUAAAUAACUGUGUCAACUAAUAAAAAAUAAUGGAAGUAGCUAAAAAAAGAAAACGUCAUCGAACAACCAUCUACAAACGUAACAAAAUAAUUUUUGAGCAGUUGUUGCAAUUCAAUCCUCGGUGUUUUAACUCUGAGUCGUUACUAAAAACACUACUCUAUGCUGAGGAUACAGAAUCAGAAUCCGAUGAAAGUCAAUCUGCUGUGUCACCACAUCGUGGAGUCAAUUUAAUUCAAGGCAUAGAGAACACAAUGUCUCCUUCCCAGACUUCUUUAACUUCUAAUCUUAACAUUCAGCAUUCAGAUGUAAUUGGUGAUUAUCGUGAUGAGAUAAUAAAUCUUGAGGACACCAACAGAAUAACUGAUCGUAGUAGUUCUAAUGGUUUGAUAGAUGAUACAGAUGAUGAUGGUGAUAGCGAUGAUGAUGACGAUGAUAACGAUAGUGAUGAUGAUAGCAAUAAUGAUGACGAUGAUAGCGACGAUGACAGCGAUAACGAGUGUCAUAAUGUAAAUACUACAUCGUUAUUUCAAAAUCAUGUUUUAGAUAUACCUGUACUGCCUUCAGGCAUAAUUGGACUUAUGAAGCAACUCUGGAUGUUUGUAAAUUGAUCAAUGCGACUUACGAUUUACACUGUUUACCAAGUACGAAAGAAGCAUUGUGGUCUGUCUUAGAAAAAGAUAUAAGGUUGGUGACAUAUCAUAUGUACUGUCGCGAAUGUGACGCGUACUUGGGAGAAGGUCGAAGCCCGAUGAAAGACUGUUUUUGUAGUGCCUGUGGACCAAAACAGGAAAUCAAAAAUUUAUCGUAUUUUAUAAGUCUGAACUUGCAUUCACAAAUUACGAAUUUACUUACGACUAAAAACAUUGAUGAGUCGUUAAAGUAUCGUUUCACAAGAAUUAAGAAAGUGCAAGGGGCUAUUGAAGACAUUUAUGAUGGGGCUGAGUAUAAAAAACUUAGUUCAGCAGGAAUGUUUUUAAGUAAUCCAUAUAAUUUUUCCCUAACAUUUAAUACUGAUGGAUGCAAGAUUUCUAAUUCUUCCAAAUCAAGUGCCUGGCCUAUAUAUGUUCAAAUCAAUGAACUAUCACCACAUUUAAGAAAAAAACACGUCUUACUAGCGGGAAUAUUUGUGGAUAAGAAGGAACCUUUAAUGAAUGAUUAUUUACGAACGUUUACUGAUCAAAUUAAAGUUUUGUAUGAAGAAGGAAUUGUUUGGAAGCCAACACCAACAAUGGAAGUGACAUCUAAAUUUGUAACAAUAUUAGGAUCAGUAGAUACACCCGCUAGAUCUGCAGUGUUACGAAUGAAACGUUUCAAUGGUUUUUAUGGUUGUACUUUUUGCUAUGCCUUUGGUAAAAGCAUAGGUAGAAAACAUGUUUACCCUGUGGGAAAUAGUUCGGAGCAGUUAAGAACAGAUGAUGAAAUGCGUGCUGAUAUGAUGAAAAGUUUUGCCGAUAAAAAUGAAAUAAAAGGUAUCAAAGGACCAUCAGCGCUGAUGUUAUUGCCAUUAUUCAAUUUAUCUAAGGGAAUGAUUGUUGAUAGUAUGCAUUGCUGUUUCCUUAGUGUCAUUAAAUGGCAUACGAAGUUACUAUUAAAAAAAGAUUAUAAAGACGUUAUUAUAAACAUUAAAAAAAAGAAAGUCGUAGUUGAUUAUUACAUCGGUCGUCCUGGCCAGAAGGAAGAAAUUGAUUCUCUAUUUUUGGCCAUAAAGCCACAUAAUAUACGUUCAAGACUACCUAGAUCAAUAAAUACACUUGCAACUUGGUAAGCUUCAGAAUGGCGCAACUGGCUUGAAUACUGUGUAAUUUGUUUAAAGAAUAUUCUUCCGGACAAAUAUUUAGAUCAUCUUGCUCUAUUAAGUGAAGCAAUUAACAUAUUAAAUAGUGAUUGUAUUACGCCUGAAAGACUGGAACAUUUCAAUUAUUUAUUGGAAAAUUAUGUCAAAUUAUUUCAAAGAUAUUUUGGAUUAAAAAAUAUGACGUACAAUAUUCACCUGCUGACUCAUAUAACAGCUACCGUUCGCGAUUGGGGACCUUUUUGGUCUAAUUCUACGUUUGUAUUUGAAUCGUGGAACAGAAGAAUCAUGAACAAAAUAACAAGUCCCCAUUCACCGUGCUCUCAAAUAACUGAUAGAUAUUUAUUAUCGAAAUAUCUUUUUAGCUGCGGUGAAGAUGAUUCGAUAGCUAAAGAGACUCGAAAUAACAUAAGGAAACUCAUGAGACUGCCAUUAGAUGGUAGUAGUCAUGAAAAAAUAGUUGGAAGAGGAAAAGCAACAAAAAUAAAACCAGAUAAAUAUAAGAAACUCUUUUUUGCUAAAUCAGGUUUUUACCCAGAUUAUUUAUAUUGCUAUUCCAGAGAAACAGUUAACGGAGUCAGUUAUAACUGCAGAAGAACAAAAGAGACUAAAUUUUGUAACUCGCUUAUAUAUUGUGAUAAUAUUGGUUUUGGAGAAAUACUCAAAUUUGUAUGUUUUUCAAUCGAAAACACUACAGUUAGGGGAAUCAUCUUGCAGAGUUACGAAGAAAUUAUCAAUGAUUUAAGUGUGUCGUAUAUUAAGAAAGUAAAAUGUACAGAUAAUAGUAUCUUUGUUGAUGAUAAAACAAUUUUCAGCCCUGCCAUUAAAAUUUCUUUGAAAGAAAAUUCAUAUUUUCUAAAAUUACCCAACUCAUGGGAAACAGACUAGUCUGUAAUUGUAGUAGGCAAAAAAAAAUUCAAUUAUUUCUCACUAUAACAGUGAAAUAUUGUAUUUUUUCUAUUAGCUAUAU